AUGACCGAUAGGAAUUCCCGCAGGAUCGCUGACCUAGUGAAACUCUCGGGGAACAGCGAGUGUGCAGACUGUGGCUAUCAACCUCCAGAAUGGGCGUCAUACAAUAUUGGAGUGUUCCUGUGCACGACAUGUGCUGCGUGGCACAGACGACUAGGGUCACAUAUAUCCAAGGUCAAGUCCCUCACUUUAGACAAGUGGGAUGACGAACAAGUGGAGAUGAUGGAGACGAUCGGGAAUGUAUCAGCCAAAGAAAAAUACGAGCAGCAUGUGCCGGCCUGCUACAGAAUACCCCGCGCUGGAGAUCCUUCGGUAUUGCUAGAACAAUGGAUACGUGCCAAAUACGAGCGUCAGGAAUUUAUAGAGGUUGAUAAACAGACUUACAUUAGAAGCUAUCUGGAAGGGACGUUAAUGAAGAGAGCAAGAGAUGAAAAUAAAUAUUUCCCCCGAAAAUUUGUCCUUGCAGAUAAUACAUUAAAGUAUUUUAGUAAAGAGAAUGCAAAGGAACCAAAAGCAACCAUAAACCUCUCAGAGCUGAACGUUUGUUUGGCCCCGAGUAAAAUGAACCAAGAAAAUGGUCUCCAGCUAUCCUACAUGUGCGAGGGAUCCACAAGACACAUCUAUGUUUACCACGAAAGCGGAGAGACCAUUAUACACUGGUACACAGCUAUUAGAUCCAUAAAACUAAAUUGGCUGAUGGUGGCCUAUCCUAGUGCCAGUGCAGAAGAGUUGGUGCCGUACUUAACAACAGACUUUGUUAUUGAGGGAUGGCUGUCGAAAACAGGUCCGAGUGAGAGGGAUGCCUACAGAAAGAGAUGGUUUAUCCUGGAUGACCGCAAAUUGAUGUACCAUGAGGGGCCAAUGGAUGCCUAUCCUCGAGGAGAAAUCUUCCUGGGCCACAAGGAUGACAACUACAGUAUUAAAGAAGGUGCUCCCAGGGGUUGUAAAGACCAAGAUUUCUCCUUUUCCCUGACCACCCCUGAACGGACCUACGUCAUGUCAGCGCCGACGUCAGAUGAGAGAGCGAGAUGGAUACAGGCAAUAAACACAGUCCUUGAACGAGUGCUUAGACCUCAAGACAACCAGAGUAAGAUGGCCAUUUCAGAGAAUAGGAAGUCUGCACGCAACUCACGGCAUUCGUGGUUGAGCUUCUUGUAGGAAUAGCACCGGCAACUCUGUAACCCAUUCAUAACCCUAGUUUAUUUCAAGUCGGAAAGUUGUAGUAAAGAAAAUGGAAAUGGGUCAUAUAGGCAAAAUGCAAGAUUUAUUUAUGAAUUCUGGUAUUCACUGGCUGUAAUGAGAAUACAGAACAAUGAAUCAAAACAUAUUUACUUUAGUAUACAUGACUAUUUUUGGUGUUGAUUACUAUUUUUAAGGUAUAUGCCAGGCAGUCUCAUGAUUGGGCUUGGUAAUACACUGCACGACACACUUCUAAAGGUAUCACCAUGGCGGGAUAUAAGGGGUUUUCAAUUUUCAGAGGUCCCCACCCCCUCAUUUUAGCAUCUGUCAGGAGCUAGUUUUAAAGAAUUAAUGAAUUGCUGUCCCAGUCCCCUCCCCCUCUUAAUGUUAAAACACCCCCCCCUCCUGAAUCUAUCCUGUGACCUUCUGAAAGUACUGAUUUUUUUGUGUUUUUAAAUUCAGUUUAUAUUGCACAUCAUUAUGAUUGAUUGCAAUGUGUAUUUAAAAAGUCCAAAAUUUAUGGGGGAGAGGAAUAUCUACAUGGAUUUUAUUGCAAGUAAAUGGUGUGACAUGAGGAAGAACGUCUUAAUUCUUUUUUUCUUUCUGAAAUAGAAAGGUAUGCAAAUAUUUAAGAAAACUCUCUCCAUUUCCAUUUUCUUCUGCGACAUGUUUGUACUAACCAGUCUCUAGUGGUGUGGAAAAAAGAUACAAGUCCAGCUUUUUGAAAUGAUAAUGCCUACAAUAGUAAAUGGAAAACAUUGUAUUUCAAAAGAGAGCUCAAGGAAAAACUGAAUAUUAAAUGUGUUUGAUUAUUGUAGGUUUUAUCAUUCACUCUGGAUGUGUUUAGCACCUGAAGGCUUAUUAAUCUCAACUGUCGCUGUUGACCUUUUUUUGUGUAUUUGGAACUUAAUAGCAUGCCUAGUUCUUGUUUGAUGUUGUUGGAGGAAUGAGGAGUUCCUGGACGGAGACUAAUGUGCAUUACAUUUCCAUUGCCCUUUGUACAUACUGCAUGAAAGAGGUAACGUUAGUAUGACUUGCUUUUUCUUUAUAUUGUUCUGUUAAGUUAAGUUCUUUAGUUAAAAAUGGCAUGAAUACAGUUCAGUAUUAAGUAUUUUAAGUAUUUAAUAAUUUAGAAUUCUUAGUAAUAUGUGCAUGAUUUUUUUUUCUGCUUUUUUAUUGUUUUGAUAGUUGGUACAAAUGAAGAAAUAGAUACUUUUACAAAAUAACAUUAGCAGAUCACAGACAAGAACAAAAGUAGAUUUGAAAAAGAUUACAUAUAGAAUAGAAAAGUUAUGGGAAAUAAUUAUUACCAGAGUUUCUAUAUAAUGAAACAUGUAUACACACAAAUUUUCUCACACAUGUGCAUAUGCAAUUAUGCACACAUGCACUCACACAUUCAUUCUCACUCUUGCUCUCAUUCUCACUCUCUCGCUAUCAGUCGGACAUUUACCCUCGCCCUCACCCCUACCCUCACACACCUCUGACUAGACACAAAAUACACAUAUAUUUAUGUACUGUAUUAUUUGAGUACAUACUUUGUGUUUUA